AUGACAGCCCCCUUCAAACGACCGCGUCUAGCGCCGAACGAAGCUCCACUCCCCAAGACCCUACCCACCACAAACCUCGCUAAAAACACGUCCGACUCAUCCCCUCCGUCCGACUCGAACGCUCCUUCCAUCAAUUCGACAUUGACUUCCCUCUCGGACGAUGCGCAGAGGAACAUGUUGAACUUGGCGCCGAGGUUGACCCAGGCGGUCGUUGAACCUAUGAGGUAUAGGAGGGAAGAGGACGUCACGGAGGAUGUCGAUUGGACGUUCAAAAAGGUCAGUUCCAGGUGAAGUUGGUGUUCUGGCUUGUCGGUGGCGAGCUUCUUGGUCCGGAUCCGCCGAGCUUGCCUCGACUCGGCGAAUCUGCUCGGACCCCUUCCCAAGGCUCAAGCUGACCACCAUCUUGAUGACGAACAUCGUCUGACUCCGCCCAGGUCUUCCUCAAAACUGAAUACAAAGGUCGUCAAAGGGAUAUCAUGCAAGCUUCCUUGCGCGGUUCCGACAUCCUCGUCAUCGCCCCGACAGGGAUGGGCAAAAGUCUCUGCUUCCAAGUGCCCGCCGUCGCGGAGAAGCAUGGCUUGACCGUUGUCAUUACUCCUCUACUUUGUGAGCGUUGCUUGAUCUCGAACUGGGGUGGAAGGGGACACUGAACAGCACGCCUGUUUCUGUCUGCUCCCACAGCGCUCAUGUUUGAUCAGAUCGCUGGGCUGAAGAAGCUCAAUAUCCCCUGUGCGAUGCUUUCGAGCAAGACCGAGCGAGAGGAGCAGAAUCAGGUCCGUCAGCGAAAACAUACUUUACCUCUCGUCGAACCCUUUCCGUUUCUCAUACAUCUGCCUUACUACAGGUCAUGAUGGACAUGCGGUCGGGCCAUCCCAAAAACCGCCUGCUCUACAGUCAGUCUUGCCCUUCACUCCAAGCUACCCAUGAAAGUUAAGCCACUCACAACCCCUGAUCUUUCAGUCACACCCGAGCGACUGUCCUCACCCCAGUUCCGCAAACAGCUUCAAGUACUCUACCAGCAGAACGAGCUGAAUCGGCUCGUCAUUGAUGAGGCGCAUUGCAUCUCCGAGUGGGGCCACGACUUUCGACCCGAGUAUGCCAAGCUGGGAUUGUUCCGAGCCGACUUUCCCAAGAUUCCGAUCACAGCCUUGACCGCGUCUGCGACUCCAAAAAUUCAGGAUGACAUGUAGGAUGCAUGAUCGUUCGCUCCGGAGAGCGGACUGAGCUGAUCUCCCACGACUCCCUUCUGAAUUGCGCAGCGUUCGAGAGCUCUCGCUGGACGCCGACCUGCUCUUCAAAGUCGUCCACCCCUUCAAUCGGAUCAACCUCUACUACGAAGUACGAUACUUCUCCGAGCGUUCGCAAACCCCUUCGCAUCGAUCCGACGACAUCCUCGACUACAUUUCCAAAGCCUCUUCCCGCUCCACAUCACGAUCCCGGUCAGCCACGAACGGCCCAACUGACGCCAACCCCGCGCCGCCCGUGGCAGUCGUCGCUGAUCCCGUCGUCUUUUCAGGCAUCGUCUACUGUCGAGCGAAAAAGACGUGCGAUGAUUUGGCGGCGUAUUUGAGGAGUGGAGGGGUCAAUGCCGCGGCUUAUCAUCGGGGUUUGGAUGAUCAUGACGCGGAUCGGGUGCAGAGGGAGUGGAGGGAUGCGGAUGAGAGGAAGGCGCGGGGCAAGAGUUGGGUCGAUUGCGUUGGUGAGUCGGCCACUUGUGAUCUUCGUCUUCGUCGACGAUGGCUGAGAAUUGGGUUCGGUGAUGGUUGCAGUUGCGACGAUCGCUUUUGGUAUGGGCAUCGACAAGGUGAGUGUGGCUUCACAUGCGAUUACCCGGCAGUCUCAACGUUGAACUAAUUCUUACUGCAUACUGCACGUUUGGCAGAGCAAUUGUCGAUACGUCAUCCACUAUGACAUUCCCAAAUCCUUCGAAGGCUUCUACCAAGGUCAGCGCGGUAUGGGCGCGAAGAGGAGUCUUCACCGAAACGUCAACGAGCUGACUCGGUCUCUUGCUGACGCGUGGACAGAAACCGGCCGCGCGGGUCGAGAUGGCCAUACGGCGCGUUGCAUCCUCUACUAUUCGGCCGAGGACAAAGCGCGCAUCACGCACCUCGUCUCCAGAUCUCAUUCGAACCGUCUUCAUCACCACGAACAAGGCUUCGGCAACCUACCUUCCCAACGCGCCCCCAACUCGAUCGAAGCUCUCCUCUUCUACGCCGAAAACGUCCGUAUUUGUCGACAUUUAGCGAUCUGUCGUUAUUUCGGGGAGAAGAUCAAGGAGGAGGAGAAGGAGGUGUAUUGUCGGAGGUUGUGCGAUGUGUGUCGGGAUCCGGGCAAGACGAGGCAGAGGAGGGAUGAGGGUAUGGUCGAGUUGGAUUUCGAGGCGACGCAAAGGGCUGUGAAGGAGACGAGGAACGUGGGGGAGUUGGAUGGGUUUGAGGAUGAGGAAAGGGAACGGGAUGGAGGGGGUGGAGAGGGGGAGGGGGAGGGGUUGGAAGAAGAGGAGGAGGAGGCUAGGGCAGUGGUCCCUGUCCGGGCAUGUCGAGAAGGGUUCAGGACCGCGGCGGUGGAGCUCGAGCGCAACGAGAAGAGCUUGGAGAACGUCGUCAGGGAGCCGAGUAGCUCGCCACCGUCGGGGACCAUGGCGGAAGUCAGGGAGCGGGAACAAAAGGUAGAAGAGGCACCUGCUGUGGAAGCAGAAGUGGAAGCGGAGGCCGAAGUAGAAGCCCCUUCACCGUGUCCCGAGAAGAUGGAAGUCGACGAGGAGGAUGAGGAUGAAGCUGAAGAAGAUGAGGAGACAGAUGCCGACACAGUCGCUUCGGAUGCCGAGAGCCAGCCUGAUUCGUCGGCCGCCAGUGUGAUCGAUGAUGACGACAAUGAUGACGAUGAUAGCAAAAAAGACAUGGACAACAACGACGACCACGAUGACUUCCCACCUCGACGAGUGUCUCUCGCGAUUGGGUCGAAGCGCCCUCGACCCCUAGUCAUCAGCGACGAAGAAGAUGAAGAGUCGGACGAAGUGGACGAGCCGCAGGAAGAAGACGAGGAUACUCUUCCGACUCCUAUUGGACUACCCAAGGCAUUGUCGAAGAGCGUCCUGGGAGCGAUAGGCAGGGACCGACCAGUUCUGGAGACUAGUGACGCAACGACGGCAGUGGCUAGACCGCAGCUCUGUGGAGGCGGAGGUGAGUUGCCUAGAUGUGAGAUUACAAUUUUAUUUGGCUCGGUAUUGACCGAUCAAUUUGUUUGCGAUCCAGGUUCGUCUACCGUACCGGCCUCGAAGCAUCUUCCCAAGUUCAUACCCCCUUUUGACGAUGCCCAACGUCGCCCAAAAGAAGCCGUAGCCCCCCUCAGCGCCACUGCCGGUCGUGCUCCUUUGAUCGAGGUCGAUCGACCCGAAGACUUCGAGGUCGUUCCUCAGACGUACGAGAAGAAACUCUCGCAUACAAUGAGACGUGAGGCUGUUGUCCAACUUGAUCAAGACUUGCAGCGGGCUUUGUUGUCCAAGUUCGGGCAGUGUUCGGCGACGAUUGAGGACAAGGCCUGGAGAGAGUUGGCCGGAAAGAAGAUUGUGUAUGAGCAAAGGUGAGUCAUUGACUUGAUCGAGCGUUCGAUGGGAAACAGACCCAAUCCUGACAUCAAAUCGCCCCAUAUUAUUCGAACAGGCGAGACAUCAUCCUUCUCACUGCAGUCUCGCUCGAAUCGGAUCUCUUCUGGCUCGCGCUCACAAGCAAAGGCUAUCGCUCGAUGCUAGGACCACGAACAAAAGCAAUCGCAAACCUCAAACUGAGCGAAAAGGCACCUCUUGAGUUCGAGAACAACGCUCGAUUAAUCGAGGAGGUCUUUGACGCAUUGAAGAGAGCCGCCGCAUCGUUGUUACCGAGUCGAUCAAGGAGGAAGAAGGCGAGAGUGGAGGAAAACCAGGCGGAAGUUUGA